UUUUUGCCCGAUCGUAGACAACGUAUUUCCAGCAAUUGGAACAUCUAGUAACGUGUCAGUCCUUACCUCUAGAACCCCUCAUAUUUGUUGCCGUCCUUGUUUACUCUUAUUCAGAGCUGAGAAACAUUCUGUGCCAGUACCGUAGCUGAGUUCGGGAACUGUUGAUUGUGAAUACUUGCUACUUAACACGUAUUGCAGGACAUCAUUCCCUUUCUUUUCGAUUCUUCACGGGUUUUGUUGCACGACAUGUUGCACUCGUACGCUUUGUGUUUACAUUAUGCGUUUCUGUCAUAUUUUGAAACAUUGGCGAUGUGAAGUACAUGCCUAGCGCUUUGCAGCAUUAGAAGUUUUGGCCAUCAGUUUAUCGGGCAGUGGACUGAAUGCAUCUUGCAUCAUACAUUUCAGGACCGCCAAACGCUUUAGCAAACAUGACUUCAUUCUACAACGGAGUUCCUCAUUCUUCUAGUGUGAGUGAAAUUUCUACUGCUCCACCAUCACCUGUAUCUUGUGGCACUGGAGCUCCUUCUGCUACUUCACCAGCAAAUGCCUCCAGAUAUGGAGGAGUGGUCGUUCCUAAUAGAGUUUUUGUGGGAGGUAUAGCAUCGAAUACAACUGAGACUGAACUUCAAGAGUUGUUUUCACAGUUUGGUAAUAUUCAAGAAAUAAAAAUUAUCUCUGAUAGAGGUGGUGUAUGCAAAGGUUAUGGGUUUGUAACCUUUGAGACUGAGGAAGAGGCAAAAAAAGUACAACAUCAGCCGGACUCUAUUGUAUUAAAAGAACGUAGGCUUAAUAUUGCUCCUGCUGUAAUGAAACAGCAACCAUUUGCUCGAUCCUACGAUAUUGCUCCUUCUCCUCUGCUAUAUCACAAUGGUACAACAACAUACACGUAUCAAAACGGAAUGGCAUUCUUUGCUGCCCAGGCAACUCAACCUCAGUAUGCCACAAGAGAGGCAGCUUUAUAUUCUGCACCAUUUGGUGCUAACCAAACAACUCCAAACCCAACAUAUCCCCAAAUUAUGUAUGCUCCAUACACUCCUCCAAUGCAAUAUCUGGCUGCAGGACAACAGUAUCAGUACCCUAUGCCUUUUGAUUAUUUUAAGGCAGUUGGACCAACCUCCCAGUACAUUUAUGCUCCACCAAGUGCACUUAAUGGAGCUCUGAACAAUGCCUUGAAUGGCCUGGGGGGCUCUAGUCAGAGCCCUUCACCAGGCUAUGGCCCACCAUCUGCUUCAGGCCCACCUGGAGGUGAACUCUUCUACUCAAAUGGCAUAAGUCACCCCACUCCACUGCAGCUGCCUCACCAAUCAAUGUAUCCCAUGGAACAAUCUCCUGCUCAUUCAGAGGAUUGGAACCCUUCUGAGCAACGGCAAGCUUCUUACACCCCUGUGGUUUCCCUUCGUAAACUACACCAAGAGGGCAGUGUUGAAGAAAUGGAGAUCACGCGUACUCCAUCCAAGAAGUCUUUUCCACCUGGGGGCCCACGUCCCCGUGCACGUCGUCCAGGCCGCCCUGCACCAUCUCCGCCCCAGGGCUCAGGGCGAGGACGGGGCGCUCUAGGGGGCACUCUUGCUGGGCAGCGUUCUGCAUCAUCUCCCCACCUCCCUUCCACUCCCAACUCCUGUCUUCAUCGCUCCACUUCUCUGUCCCCUUCCAACCAGGUAACUCCAGCCUACAGCAGCAUUCGCCAGCCACCACUUCACCAACAGCACCAUCACCAAAGCUUCAAUCCACGCCGAGGAGGAGGCACUGCUAUGCGUAACACUGGUCCAAGAACGUAUAUGGGUAGUGCAAGGGGUAAUCCCCAUCACAAUAAUUCAAAUUACACACCGAGCCAAAUAUUGGGUAGCGUCCCAACCAAUGGGCAAAACUCUGUGUCCAAAUCUACAAGUUCACCAAAGAAUACUGGAGAAUCGGUUAAUGGAACAAAAACUGCCUUGUCAGCUGGAACCAGUCCACCUCCGAGUGUCAAUCACGGCAGUGUUUUGCAGAAGCAGGAAAAAGUUUCAGGAGAUCAAGGUGGUGCUGGAGAUGCUUCUACUAUCCGCCAUGCUUUGCCACUAUCCCCACCCAACACUCCAUUACCUCAAGACACUGGUGCAUCUAUAACAACAGGGGGAAGUGAUGGUGAUAGUAUGUGCCAAAAAAUGAAGACUCUAGCUUUGUGAGUCUGUGGACUCUGUAUGUACUUCAGAUGUAUGAGCUUUCCUUGGAAAAAAGGGCGCAUUAGUUUGUGGCUCUAUGUUCUCAGUACCUGCUCAUGUUCAUGAAGUGUCAUUAAGAACCGUGGACUAGCUCGAUUCCACCUUUGUACAAAUUAGAAUCAAGCUCCACCUGGAAGCUAGUCUUUUCAUCUAUUUCCAAUUUACAUAGCUUGAAGCAAACAAAGGUUUUUUUUUCUAUAUUUUUUUUAUAUUGAUGGUGGCGUUUUAGUUUUAAGAUUAUAUUACUAAUAAGUACCCCUUUAGAUUUAACAUUACCUUACAUUGUGCCAUGAAAAUUAGUGAUCAGGCAACAGAACAUUUGAGUGCUACAAACUUUUGUACUUCUGCUUGGAAUUUUAAUGUUCAUACAUAUGAAUGCUGUUUAUAGAACUGUUAGAAAAGUAGUAGCUAGUCGAAACUUUGCCAAAAGGCAUUCUAUAUGCAUGUGAACAAAGCACUUUAUAUAAGUGCCUAAAAAUAUAUGUGCAAUAUUUAUUAAUUAGAAUGACUCAUAAACAAAUGUUAAGUAGUGGGUUAAGGAGAUACCAUUGUUCAUGUGUUCAGGGUGAGUGAUUUGUAGCAAGUAAAUACUGCCCUACUUUUUAUUCCAUCUCGUACACCUGUGAGCAUGAAAGAAUGACUGUUAUAGUGACUUACAAGCAUUCUUGCUGUGAAGUUAUUUAUUUUCGGACUAGUAUCUUUGAGACCUUAUAGGUAAUGGACUGUAUAGAAUUUCACGUGAUGUGCAUCACAUCAUUGUGCGACUGGUGUGAGUUGCUUGAAGUUCAAGCCAUCUUAAACUUGUGACAAAGCAUGAAGAUAUGAGUAUUGUCUGCUGUUUUUGUUUCUAAUUUAUGGUCAUUUCAAUAUUCCCAUGUUACAUGGAUUAUUUAUUCUAGCAUAAGUUACUUUAAGAAAAUGUUGUUAUUAUGUACAUUUUUGAUUGCCUUUUUUAAAAGGCAUGCGAUGAUGUACUUACUGUUGUGCAGUGUUGUCCUUUUAGACAGGGUGGUCCACCGAAGUAAGUCCUCUACGAACAUUCUUAAAAGCCUGUGAUUAUCGAUUCAUUCCCCAUAUUUUCUGGAGGCUUAACAAGUUAUUGGCAGUAAGUGGUCCCCUGGUCUGGUGCCCUAAGUUUUUAUUGGAAAGACUGGGAGGCAAACACACAUUGCUCAUGACAGUACUGUUAUCACAGAUUAAUGACUACUGCUAAUUUUGAAAACUCAUUCCAAUUCAUAUGUAUGACUUAUCAUGUGGUCUGAUUUCUUCUGAAAAGUACUUUUAAAACCCCCUAAACCCAUUUUCUCCAAUUAUUCCCAUUUUGAUGCAGGUCAUAUUCUGUGUUACAUUUGAUGAGCUUUGUGUGGAAAUACAAUUGCUCAAAAUGAUUAUUGCCAAAUACUUAAUAGCUGCAGAACAGAGAAGUAGCUAGUCACAUGAAACUGGUGAAAUUCACCAGUUUCACUAGAGUAUGACUGGGUGUUUGCUUUUUCUAGGAAACUUAAAUCAGUUUCGUGAAGGUGCUGAGAAAGAUGUGUGAUAUGAUUCUAAAAUUAGACAUGAUGAAACUUACUUGACAUCUAGACCUAUUCUCGGUUUGAAUCAUGUAUUUUUUUAUUGAUUCCUGUAAAUUUUAUAUUCAUAAGUAAUUUAGAUGUCUCCCUUAGGCUGUGACAGUAACAUCAUGAAAAUGGAAAAAAAACAACAAAAAAAACUCAAAUAUUUAUGGAUGAUGUUAUGAUGUUGAAGUUAGUCAGUAUCCAAGAAGUUUUAUGACUGUUUCAAAGUGCCUUCAAUCAAGAUUUUAUUUGUGAUUCUUAGCUAAUUUUAGACAAGAAUUAUUUGUUGAUUAUGUAAACAUUUUAUGAAGAUGUAGUUGAGUCCCUCCAGAAACCUAUCCACUCUGUUAGUGUCCACAGACUUUGAUUUAAUUUGCUCAAGCUGUUUUGUGUGGCAUUCAGUCAGGGUGGAAGAAAUCUUUUUACCUAUUCCAAUGGAGGAACCUGUACAUUCAUGGUUUUGAAUAUGUAUGUUAAGACAUAUCAUGCACUGAGUGAAAAUGAAAAAGCAAACCAGAACCCUCUGGUUUUUUAAAGAAAUAAUAAGCAGGUGAUUAUGUAUCAUUUAAUUGAUGUGUAGUGGAAUCCCAAGGAUAGGAUUUCUUUUGAUGCUUGAGCCUGAAAAGAAAAGAUCUCAUUGUGAUAUGUACUUCACUGCCAUUCUGGCUUAUUGGAGGUUUUUUUUUUCUGAUUUGUAAACUAAUUGUGAGGAGCUAAUGGGUGUAUUUUGGGACAGAAUGGGCAUUGAACCUGUCCUGACCUCUGCACUGAGUAUUGCUGGAUUUUGUGAAAGGAAAGGGUAGAUACAGAUGAGGGUUGACACUUGUGUGACUUUGUACUUUCUUCCUUUGGCAAUUAAGUUUUCAAAUGAACUUCUGUAAAGUUAUCAAAUUUUCUGUGGAGUUUUUAUCAGCCAGAUAUUUAUCAGCUUUUGAAAAAACUUGUCUAAUUACAGAGAGAUACUUUUGAGAGAGAAGCAUUAUCAAAGAGAAAAAAAGUCAUUCUAAUGUGUCAAACCCCUUUACAAGGUUGUGUCUGUUUACCUUUGUUAUGUAGCUCCAAUGGCGUCAGAAGGUAGAAACAAAAUUCUGGAGGUCAUUAACUUUCUGUACAUAACAUAGUAACUUAGGAUUUUAGGUCAACUAAUAGUAACAAAAAGUUUAGUCAGGUUUAAAGAAAAAUAUAGUAUACUGUAGAGGUUCUAUACUUGAAAGAAGUACUUAUGUUAGUUCCCAUGAGAAACAUUGAAUUGCUUAAAUGUUCUCUAUGUAGAGAAUGAAAGUAUUGUAUGUGUAAGGAAAUGUAAAUACAACUGACAUGGAAUGAAA